CGCCCCAGCCCUCCUCGCUCUAGCUCUCUCUCUCUGUGUCAGUCAGUCAUGGAGCGGCUGCCUCGAGCCGCGGCGGAGACGGAGGCAGCAGCAGCGGCAGCCAAGGGAGGCGGCGCGGGCUGCGCGCGCGCUGCGGAGAGCGGCGUCUCGCGCCGGCGGGCGCAGUGACAGCGCGAGCCCAGGAUUCCGCCUUGUGCCCGCAGCAGGAGCCGCCGCCGCCUGCGAUGCUCAGUCAUGAAACGCGUACGCACAGAACAGAUUCAGAUGGCAGUGUCCUGCUACCUCAAGCGCCGUCAGUAUGUGGACUCGGAAGGUCCCCUAAAACAAGGGCUGAGGCUGUGUCAGACUGCUGAAGAGAUGGCAGCUAAUAUCACAGUCCAAUCUGAAUCUGGUUGUGCCAACGUAGUGUCUGCAGCUCCCUGCCUGGCAGAGCCACAGCAAUAUGAAGUGCAGUUUGGACGAUUACGCAGUUUUCUCACAGAUUCAGAUUCCCAGCACAGCCAUGAAGUGAUGCCUCUUCUGUAUCCCCUUUUCGUCUACCUCCAUCUUAACAUGGUCCAAAAUGGCCUAAAGAGCACAGUGGACAGUUUCUACAGUCGCUUCCAUGGGAUGUUCAUGCAGAAUGCCAGCCAGAAGGAUAUCAUUGAGCAGUUGCAGACUACCCUGACUAUUCAAGACAUCCUGUCCAACUUCAAGCUCCGGGCAUUUCUGGACAACAAGUAUGUUAUCCGCCUUCAAGAAGACAGCUACAACUACCUUCUCCGCUACCUCCAAAGUGACAACAACAAUGCUCUUUGCAAGGUUCUCACCUUGCACAUUCACCUGGAUGUGCAGCCUGCCAAGAGGACGGACUACCAGCUAUAUGCCAGUGGCAGCUCCUCACGCAACGAGAGCAAUGGCCUGGAAACGACAGACAUGCCUGCUUCCAUACUGCAGAAUGAGGCAGCGCUGGAUUUAUUGCAGGACAGCAUUAAACGAGUCAAGGACGGGCCUCCUUCACUAACCACCAUAUGUUUCUAUGCCUUCUAUAACACAGAGCAGUUGCUGAACACAGCAGAGAUCUCGCCGGAUAGCAAGCUGCUUGCUGCUGGGUUUGAUAAUUCUUGUGUAAAGCUGUGGAGUUUGCGAUCCAGGAAGUUAAAAUCUGAGCCCCAUCUUGUAGACGUGUCCAGAAUCCGCCUGGCUUGUGACAUCGUGGAUGAGGAGGAGGAAGAUGACAACAAUGUAGGCACAGAAAUUAAGAUACUGAGAGGACAUUGUGGACCGGUGUAUAGCACGAGGUUCCUAUCGGAUAGUUCGGGACUCCUAUCUUGUUCUGAGGACAUGUCCAUCAGAUACUGGGACCUUGGAAGUUUUACAAACACUGUGUUGUACCAAGGGCAUGCCUACCCUGUCUGGGAUUUGGACAUAAGUCCUUGGAGCCUGUACUUUGCCAGUGGUUCCCACGACCGCACAGCAAGACUCUGGUCAUUCGAUCGGACAUACCCACUGCGAAUAUACGCGGGCCACUUAGCAGAUGUGGACUGUGUAAAGUUUCACCCCAAUUCCAACUACUUGGCUACAGGAUCCACAGACAAAACUGUGCGCUUAUGGAGUACUCAACAGGGGAACUCUGUGCGCCUCUUCACAGGUCACCGUGGCCCUGUGCUAGCACUUGCAUUUUCUCCCAAUGGUAAGUAUCUGGCUUCAGCAGGAGAAGACCAGCGGUUAAAGCUGUGGGACUUGGCAUCUGGCACUCUUUACAAAGAACUGAGGGGGCACACGGACAAUAUAACCAGCCUUACUUUUAGCCCCGACAGUAGUUUGAUUGCCUCUGCAUCAAUGGACAAUUCUAUUCGGGUUUGGGACAUUCGGAACACAUACUGCAAUGCCCCUGCAGAUGGUUCUUCCAAUGAACUGGUUGGUGUAUAUACCGGACAGAUGAAUAGUGUACUGAGCGUACAGUUUAUGGCCUGUAACCUUCUUCUGGUGACUGGAAUUGCACAAGAAAAUCAGGAACAUUAAUUUUUCUAGGGGGGUGGGUGGGUGUAUUGAAUGCCAGAGUCCAUUACCAGCUGAGAUUAAAUUACUGACUGUGAAACACUUUCUUCCUCUCUCCCAUUAGCAGACAUGUUCAGAAUGAUGCAAAUAUUUUCGAAUGGCUUUCCCAUAAAAGGACCUAUACUGUUGAACAGAGAAAGAGGAAGAGGGAAUGGCAGAAAACUUUAACCUAGUCUGAUACUGGUAGGGCAGAGGAAGAGGGGAAAAGAAAGCCUGUUGUUCAGUAGCUUGGGACAGCCAAAAGCCUAAUCCAGACAAAUGAAAUUAUCAACUGGACAAGCUGCUGACCUGCACUUAAAUAUUAUGCAUUGACUGAUGGGCAUAUCCUACCUACUAUUAGUGGAGGCAUGAGUGCGCUCGCAUAUGUGUAACUACUGGCCCAGUUGGCUUUUCUUUUUUUCUGGUAUUGCAGAGGACCAG